AAAGAAAAGCCAGAGGGGACUCGUCUUUUCGGGGUGUUUUUUUCUCCCCCUUACCCUCUCCCCAGUUUCUCACUGCGCCGCGACUCCGACGGCAGCGAGGUUUGGAGAGGGCUGGGUUCGCGGGGCCCGCGGGGUGCAGCAGCCCGGACUUGGACUGGCUCUGCCACCUCCUCCUUCCUCCUCCCCUCGCUUCCCCGCCCUCCGCUCCGCCGUACACUUGAUCCGCGGCGACUCUCGCUGCCUGGCCGGGGCUCCCCGCACUCCGGCCCGGACCCCGCGCGCUCCUGCAGCUCAGGCGCGGACGGACGCGGCGGGAUUUGUUUCCCUCAGCUCCGAGCGCAGUCGCAGGGACGUAGAAGAGAGGAUUGGGCUGCAUCGGGGCGUUUUUGAUUUUCUUUUUUUAGGUGUCUUUUUUUAUUUUGUUUUUUGGUUCUGUUUUUGUUUGAGAGCGUGAUCGAGGCGGUCGUCGAGACCCAAGCGGGAGGAAGAUGUCAAACGUGCGAGUGUCGAACGGGAGCCCCAGCCUGGAGCGGAUGGACGCCAGGCAGCCAGAGCACCCCAAGCCCUCCGCCUGCAGAAACCUCUUCGGGCCCGUGAAUCACGAAGAGUUAACCCGGGACUUGGAGAAGCACUGCAGAGACAUGGAAGAGGCCAGCCAGCGCAAGUGGAAUUUCGAUUUUCAGAAUCACAAGCCUCUGGAGGGCAAAUACGAGUGGCAGGAGGUGGAAAAGGGCAGUUUGCCCGAGUUCUACUACAGACCCCCUCGGCCCCCCAAAGGCGCGGGCAAGGUGCCUCCGCAGGAGAGCCAGGAUGUCAGUGGGAACCGCCAGGCGGUGCCUUUAAUUGGGUCUCAGGCAAACUCUGAGGACACGCACUUGGUAGACCCAAAGCCUGACCCGUCAGACAGCCAGACGGGGUUAGCGGAGCAGUGCGCAGGCAUCAGGAAGCGACCUGCCACAGACGAUUCUUCUUCUCAAAACAAAAGAGCGAACAGAACAGAAGAAAAUGUUUCAGACGGUUCCCCCAACGCAACUUCUGUGGAGCAGACGCCCAAGAAGCCUGGCCUCCGAAGACGUCAAACGUAAACAGCUCGAGUUAAUAUGUUUCCUUGUUGAUCAGAUAUAUGACCGAUUGAUGAAGCAAGGAAGAUAUACAUUAAGAAAUUUAAAUACAUAUCGCUGACUCCAUGGAAUGGACAUCCUGUAUAAGCACUGAAAGCAACAACACAAUAACACUAAAAUUUUAGGCACUCUUAAAUGACCUGCCUCUAAAAGCAUUGGAUGUAGCAUUGUGCAAUUAGGUUUUUCCUUAUUUGCUUCAUUGUACUACCUGUGUAUAUAGUUUUUAUCUUUUAUGUAGCACAUAAACAUUGGGGGAGGGAGGGAGGGUGGGUGGAACUGAGGAAUUCGCAUGGGGGUAUAUGUAAAAUUUGCUUCAAUUUAUAGCAAGGAGAAAAAGACUUGCAUGAAGAGAAGCAAUUUUAGGGAAGGGUUUGAAUUGUUUUCUUUAAAGAUGUAAUGUCCCUUUCAGUGAGAGCUGGUGUUUCAUUUUUAAAAUCAAAGAAAUUUUAACACUAGCUACAAAUAGUUGCUAUUUAUUUUUUCAUGAAACAUUCUCAUUUGGGAGUUUUGAUGAUUCUGUUAUGUAGCAACAAAUGGCUUUUAAAAAAUCAAAAAACUAUCCUUUUUGCUUUCCCUAAAAAUUGGAAUUUACCAGUUAAUUUUCAUCUGUUGGUAAUCACUCCGGGUAAUUCUGGGCAAAAACCUGGGGGGUAUGAUGGGAAGUCCUGAAUGCUCAGAGUUGAGUAACUUCAGUAUUUGUUGAGAAAAAUGUGUUUUCUUUUCAUCUUGGGUUGUGUACACACAGUUAAAAUAAUUCUAAAUUCCUGGAUAUUUUUAAAGAUCUAACCACACACAAAAUAAUGAAAUAAUUUUGAAUUUAAAACCUCACUUUUAUUUGUUAAUUUGCCCACAGGAAAGUGGUGUUUUUAAAGGAAAGUGCAUAUAGAGAAAAGCACACUGGUAGAAUAAGUGAAAUGGAUACUACAUCUUUAAACAGUAUUUCUUCAUUGCCUGUGUAUGUGUAUGAGGCAAAAGCAUUUGAAGUGUACCUGUGUACAUAACUCUGUAAAGACACUGAAAAAUUAUACUAACUUAUUUAUGUUAAAAAGAUUUUUUAAAAUUUAGACAAUAUACAAGCCAAAGUGGCGUGUUUUGUGCAUUUGUAAAUGCUGUAUUGGGUAGAGUAGAUUUUCCCCCUCUUUUGUUAAAUAAUAUGGCUAUGCUUAAAAGGUUGCAUACUGAGCCAAGUAUGUUUUGUAAUGUGUGAAAAAAUGCCAAUUAUUGUUACACUUCAAACAAUCAAUAAAGAAAACUUCCAUAGCUAUUAA